AAUUAAAAACUAUGCAAAAUUGUCUAUGCGUCAUCAGCGAAACUUCGCGUGUGUGUGAUCAAGGAAGAUUAUUUAUAAUUCAGUUUUAAUUAUAGAUUUCUUUUACAUAUACAUCCCAAACUUAGUUAGGAAGGAGCGUUUGUGGACUGCGACGCUUCGUCGGCGCGCCACGAAUGCGGAAACAUGUGUUUUGAUGUGAACAUCAAAUCAUGAUACAUGACAACAAAUUAUAAUUUAUCGAAGUUUACUUCGUUGUUAAUUGUGCAUAGAAGUGAUAAAGGGUUGUUGUGAGAUCGUGCGGUAGCGGUGAUUACUCGCUUGGAUCUGUGUGGGGCUGGUGAUAAGUGAUAAAGUGCGGUCAUUUCCGGUGUGUUGUUCGUGAUGUGGGCGCCCCGGUGAAGUUCCUGCUGAGUUGUUCUGACGUCCUGGUACUGCCAUGGCGAACACAGGGAUCGGGGUCUCUUUUGACCCUAAUGAUAUGACCAGCUGGUACUUCAGAGAGCUGUCCCGCGCUGAAGCGACAAGGUUACUGCUGAACGAGACAGAGAGUGGCGUGUUCCUCGUCAGGGACUCCAAGACUAUCACGGGAGACUAUGUCUUAUGUGUCAGAGAAGACGACCGUGUCUCCCACUACAUCAUAAACCGCGUGGUCUCCGCGGACGGUGCGAUCCGGUUCCGCAUAGGAGACCAGCUCUUCGCAGACAUGCCAGCUCUCCUGGCGUUCUACAGACUCCAUUACCUGGACACCACGCCGUUGGUUAGGCCUCUGCCCCAGGCGUUGGCCAGGGUGGCGGCGCCUCCGCCCCAGCAGCCACAUCAGGUGUUGGAGCUGGUUAUCGCGAAAUUUGAUUUUUCAGGCAAUGACGCAGAUGACCUGCCCUUCCGUCGCGGGGAGCGGCUGAUGGUCAUCAAUCGUGAUGAGGAGCAGUGGUGGACCGCUCGCAACAGCCUCGGCCGGACCGGGUCCAUACCCGUGCCUUAUGUGCAGAGGAUCCUGGACCCAUCGGGCGUGCCGUACCCGCCCACCGAGGCUCACAACCACCUCACGGACCCGCCCAGCCCGCCCAGCAGCAAGCCGCAGCAGCGUUCCAAUAUGCAGCGCACUCUCCCGGCGCUGGCGCGGGUGAAGCAGCCGCGGGUGCCCAACGCGUACGACAAGACCGCGCUCAAGCUCGAGGAGGGAGACAUUAUUAAAGUAACGAAAAUCAACAUAAACGGACAAUGGGAGGGCGAGUUACAUGGCAAAGUAGGUCAUUUCCCAUUCACCUGCGUCGAAUUCCUAGACGAAAACCAGGCUAGUUAAGAUUGUGACCUCACAGCGCCAUAGACAAGCUUGUCUAUGGUAUAGGCUUUAUGGACUGUGCCCACCGAUUUGGGCUUCUCAUUGCACAAUAGUCAUGGUGAAAAAGUGUAUUUUAUUGUGAAUUUUUCGAAUUCCAUAUUUAAACUUUAUCAUAUACAAUUUUUUGUAGGUGACAGAAUCUAUGGUGUCUGUUUUUUGUAUAUGGCAAUACUUUACAGAAACUGGUGUUGCCAAUAUAGCUUGUGGUUCGGUUGUUUUAGUAUGGAAUUCGAAAAUAAAUUAUACUGCUAUAGACUAAUAAAUACUUUGUGUAAAAAACUUUUAAUUAUUUCCAAUUUUGUAAAACAGUUUUAGUGAAUAAACUAACAUAGCUCACGCAGGACGCACAAACAUGUAUUUUAUACAUCAUUAUUUACACUUUAUAUAAAAAAAAAUAUUGUAAUUAUAUAAUUUUUUGUAAUCGAAAUCUACUAAAAACUAAAAAUAUUUAAAAAAUCGAUAUUGAGAUUAUUCGAAACUCAUUUUGACGUGUAUUUAAUAUUAUUGUUUUUCGUGCAUUUUACUGCAUUUUUCUAAUGUUUAUAGUGAUCGUGUAAAAAUUGUAUUGUCGCAUCAUUUUAAAUGUAUGACAUUUUUGAUUGUAAUUCGUGUCAAAAUUACAUUAUUUCUGUGGGAAUAAUAUUAACUAGAAAUAGAAAAUCAUGUCAGAAGCUUAUUCGGCUCGAAGGACCAUUAUAAAUGUCUAACUACUAAUAAAAAGCUUGAUGUUAAACUAACUUUAAAACAAUUAGACAUUGUACUAAUUCAUUAAAUGGUUGAUUUACCUACCAUUUUUAACAUAGACGGAAAAAUUACUAAAGCAAGGUAUUAGUUACAAAAUUCUGCAUGUAAAGGGUGAAAAUUUUGUAUCAUGGACUAAAAUACUAAAAAACACCAAAACAUAGACUAAAGAAAAUCGUGUAUCUUCUUUUCGUAAAGUCAAGAAAAAAUAUCCUAUAUCUUAUUGUUAAGGUACAUUUUGAAUGCUAGCUGCCGACUCUCAACUGCCGACCGCACUACUCGGUGGUAUGUGUUUACAUAAAACCGUUUUGGAACGAAGUGGCAGCAGCACGUACAGUGGGCCUUAGAUAUCGACCGAUUUCAUACAGUCGCUGCAAGUGCGGUCGACAGUUGCAGUCGGCAAUUAGCACUCAAAACGCACCUUUACAUUGCUUUUAAAUAACUUACCAAAAGCAUCAAUAUUAUUUUUUGGUACCAAAAUAAAGCGAAAUUGUUUAAGGGAAUAUUAUUUUAACUAAUGUACCAUAAAAAGGUUAGUUUACACAAAGCUUUUCUCUGACCCAAAAACUUACACUCACUUGCAUUUGAAAAUAACACAUUUGUCAAAAAGUGAUGACGGCGGCGUUAGAUCAAUUUGUUGAUUCAAUUAAUUUAGUUUUAAGUGUAAUAGACCGGGCAUUGUAUACUCUGGUAAUAUAUACUUGUAUAGUAUAAUAUUUUGUAAUAAGCAGUUACCUAAAUAUUGUGGCGACCGAAAUUGCGUGAGAUCAAAUAUUUUAUUUAUAGUUUACGGUGAAAAUUAAUAGUAAAAAUUUUGUUAAGAAAACUGAGGUUCAUUCUGUCGGUUUAUUUAGGCCUCAGUAUGUCAUCUUUGAUUCUUCACUGCGUUCAAUUAUCUGAUUUUAAAACAUGUAAGUUUUAAUUCAAAAUGCUGGUCUUUUCAGCAAUUAUAUGGUUACUAACUUCCGCCCCGAUAGUGACAAAAAUCCUGUCCUUCUCUUGGGUCUAAGCUACGUCCCCUCUAAUUUCAUCUGAAAUGAUUCAGCCAUUCUUGAGUUAUAAGUAGUGGAACUAACACAACUUUCUUUUACAUAAACAAUUUCCCCACAAUUUCGGUCUUCACACUGACAACAAAUGUUUCCAAUUAGGAAUUGAAUAUUUAUAUUGUAUACAUCGAACGUUGACUGUUAGCAUUUAACGUUUAUACUUAUAUAUUAUACAUUUUUGACAUGACGUUGAUUAUUACAUGCUUUCACAUGGCAUAUUAAUCCCACUAACUCAUAAUUGUCGUAAUAUGGCUCAGGCUUAUACGUUGGGAGAAUAAGAUGGCGAAUAUGUAAAAAAAUAUUAGCAGUUGUUGACAGUAAAAUAUGUCUAAAGGUACGUUUUUAAAGCCAGCUAGCGACUGCAACUGCCAACCUCAUGUGCCGCGACUGCAUGAAAUCGUACCUUAAAGCUUGAUACAUAAAUAUGAACUGAGGUGUAAUGAUUAUAUGAAUUUCGAACUUGGACAAAAAUAAUACGAUUGUGAGAUAGAUCAUUUUUAAAUAAAUCACUAGUUUAUAGCGAGCUCGAUCAUUAAAAAGUUGGUCAAAUAUAUAUUUUUAGGGUAAGCUCACUUGAAAUAUACUCGAGUCACAGGCAAAAAGGUUAUAAAAGAUACCAAUCUUUAUCUUUUAAGUGAAUAUAUUUUUUUCUUUUUCUACACAAAUCAAUCUUGUUCUUCCAGUUUCAUUUUUAUACCAUUAAUUUAUAGUUUAAGGUUUUAUUUUAAUGAUGACGUCGUAAAGUUAUGUAAAUAUAAUUUUCCACCGAUAUUUCUUGUGACUUGAGUUAUUUUUGAAGUACCACCUUGUUUCUGAUAGUAUGCCAUUCAAAAAUAGCCUUUAUGAGCUUUGUAAUAGGAGUGUAUUUAAAGUUGCUUGUAUUUUGGUAGUUGCCAAAAAUCAUGGAAAUGUAGUAGAUUUGGCAUCUUAUAUUGCAUAUCAUUAUAAUCAAUUAAAAUUGUCAUACUAAGGCCAAAGUAUACCGACAACAUGAACGUCAAGUUUCUGACAACCAGUCUUAUCUAGGAGUAUUAGGUUGCCCAGGUAACUGGAUUGAGGAGGUCAGAUAGGCUGUCGCUCCUUGUAAAGCACUGGUACUCAGUUGUAUCCGGUUAGACUGGUAGCGGACCCCAACAUAGUUGGGAAAAGGCUAAAAGGAAAUUGGUACGUGAAAAUUCAAAGUAAGCAGUUUAUGCUGUCGGUGGACUUUGGCGCUAAAUUAUUUGCUUAGAUAUUCAUGCUUGUAUACGAUUCAAUUAUUAUUCAUAUUUAUGUGAAAACUUAUAAUUGCUGUUUUUGAUCAUCUGAGCGUCAAUCAACGGUCGUUGAACUUUCAGAAAUGAGGUGUAAAUCUUCCAAAAUAUAUCAUAGUCAAUAUUUUUAUAAUCGCGCAGGUGCAAGAAGUAUUUAGUUUAGUAUUAUGGUAGAUGUUGGCCAAGUUUAUUUACAUUGUACUGUUUUUUUCUUGUUCAUAUUAAGGUACGUUUUGACAGCUAGCUGCCUACUGCAAGUGUAGCAGCGGGAGUCGCUGCAAGUGCGGUCGGCAGUUGUAGUCGACAGCAUCAAUUCAAAACGCACCUUUACUUGAGAUGUCAGACUACUCCAUUUUUGUUUCGCGCGGUUUUUUUUGUACUAAAUGUUUUCAGUUCUUUUUUUUUAUAACUUUCCCAUAAUAACUAUAACAUAUUCUUUUUCAUGUAUUUUUUCUCUAACAAUGUUUCUAAACUUAGCAAACAUAAGUGAAAGUAUUGAAUUUUAAAGGAGAAUGCUCGUCAUCAUUAUUUAAUUCGGGACUAGUACAUACCAAAAUGUUAUUGUCAUUGUAUAGAACCAUUAUAUUUUGAGAUUAUGUGUCAUAUUAUAAUGCAUUGUACACUCUUUUAAGUCAUAUAAAAAAGUUAAAAAAAAUAAUCUAAUUUUUUAUUAAGUUAUGUGUAACGGUUCGAAAUAAAUUUUAGGAAAGA